CGUUCAGAAUAUAUAUCGCAUUUACUUUAUAAUCGUCGAAUUAAAAAUGCAAGUAAAUUCUCGUUGCUUCAAAAUGCACUUCUUAUUUAUUCUGGCAAUACUAGUAAAGUUAAGUGCAAAUAAGGCUCCUAGCCGUGGAGAUUUGAGGGUGUAUAAAGGACGAAACGACACCCAUAACGAGUUCCCGUUCAUUGUACUUCUGCAAAGGAAGAACUCUGGGCUCAGAUUUUGUACCGGCAGCCUUAUAGGGGAAGACUGGGUCCUCACAGCAGCCCACUGCGUUCAACAUUCUGUGUUACUUGUCAUCAGAUAUGGUGAUUUUACAAAGCCGGCAAACGAAACCACGUUGUACUCAAGCGUGAUCAAAACAUACGUUCACCCUUCCUACCACGUCCGACCUGUGUUAAAUGAUAUAGCGCUAAUAUUCAGUGAAAAAAUACCCAAAAAGAACCUUGCACGACUGCAGUCGCUCGAUUAUAAAACAUUCCUCGGGCUUCCUGUUAAAUACGCGGGUUUUGGAUUAGUAACAAAGCAUUAUAUGUUUGCGACUUGGCAAGAAAUCAGAGAAAUGCGAUUGUUUCCUCUUCUAAUUGGCGAGGGUAUUGUGUCUGUUUGUGAACCUGACGCCUAUGACAAUUGGUUAUGUGUAGCGCCGAACUGUUCGAACAAGAAGCAACAGGCUCGCGGGGGGGACUCCGGAGGCCCGCUGGUGUAUGACGGACGAGUCAUUGGAGUAUGUAGCAGCAUUGAACUUUAUCCUUCUACACGUUAUACCCCUGUGAGCCCAUAUUUAGAAUGGAUUCAAAAAACCAUACGCUUGAAUGACGUUUAAUAAAUGAUGAUUGUAAAGUUUCUCCAAUAACGUAAUCCCAGUACAGUGUUUUGUAUUUCACAUUAUAUUAUAUUAUUGCGUAAAACAAAUUUUAAGUAGAGACGCAUUUCCCCUAAUACUCUGUUUUCGAUGGUCCUCGGUAGAUAUAUAAUUGUUUCUAUCGAAUCAAAAUAAACUCCAUUAUUAACCUUAACGGCCCAAUAGUAUUAGUAUUUUAUAAGGUACCUAUUAAGUUUUAGAACCAAAAAAUGAUAAUAAUUAAAAAAGUUAAUUUUUUUAUGUCCCAAACUGAUAUUGAAUUAUCCAAUCUACACAUUUGAUGUUUAACUUUAUGGUUAUGUACCUACAUAUAAACUUAAAUUGGUCAUAAAAGAAAUGAAAUAAAACUAGAAAACUGUAAGAUUUUUUUUUUUAGACUUCAAUCAAAUCAAUCAAUCAAUACUUUAUUUCCAAGAAUAUGGUACAUAUACAAUGUUGG